UUUCGCGAAUGAUCUUUUGCACUUUUUUUUUUUUUUGCCUGAGUUGCCAUCCUGUUAGUGGUCUCAGCAGCAGCCUGAUUAUUCUGGUGUUUGAAAAGUAGGAUCAGUGCUUUUUUUUUGGCUGGCAGAAACCAUUUGGUCGCCACGAGCAAGGUUAUCCUGAAUACCACAUGUCGAACAAUUUGCUUUGCAACAUUGGCCAUUAUUUUUCACUGCCUCCAAAAUACCACGAUUGCUCUGGAAAUUGGAAGCAUACUGAUUUAAAGAAAUAACUUUAACAAAUGGACAAUAUGUCUAUUACAAAUACUCCAACAAGUAAUGAUGCCUGUCUGAGCAUUGUACAUAGUUUGAUGUGCCAUAGACAAGGUGGAGAAAGCGAAACAUUUGCAAAAAGAGCAAUUGAAAGUUUGGUAAAGAAGUUAAAGGAGAAAAAAGAUGAAUUGGAUUCUUUAAUAACAGCUAUAACUACAAAUGGGGCUCAUCCUAGCAAAUGUGUUACCAUUCAGAGAACCUUGGAUGGAAGACUUCAGGUGGCUGGUAGGAAAGGAUUCCCUCAUGUGAUUUAUGCCCGCCUUUGGAGGUGGCCUGAUCUUCACAAAAAUGAGCUAAAACAUGUUAAAUAUUGUCAGUAUGCAUUUGACCUAAAAUGUGAUAGUGUCUGUGUGAAUCCAUAUCACUAUGAACGCGUUGUUUCACCUGGAAUUGAUCUCUCAGGAUUAACGCUGCAGAGUAAUGCCCCACCAAGUAUGUUGGUGAAGGAUGAAUAUGUUCAUGACUUUGAGGGACAGCCAUCGUUAUCCACUGAAGGCCAUUCAAUUCAAACCAUCCAGCAUCCACCAAGUAACCGUGCAUCGACAGAGACAUACAGCACCCCAGCUCUCUUAGCCCCUUCUGAGUCUAAUGCUACCAGUACCACCAACUUCCCCAACAUUCCUGUGGCAUCCACAAGUCAGCCUGCCAGUCUGUUGGCAGGCAGCCAUAGUGAAGGGCUGUUGCAGAUAGCUUCAGGGCCUCAGCCGGGACAGCAGCAGAAUGGAUUUACUGGCCAGCCAGCUACUUACCAUCAUAACAGCACUACUACCUGGACUGGAAGUAGGACUGCACCAUACACACCUAAUUUGCCUCACCACCAAAACGGCCAUCUUCAGCACCACCCGCCUAUGCCGCCCCAUCCCGGACAUUACUGGCCAGUUCACAAUGAGCUUGCAUUCCAGCCUCCCAUUUCCAAUCAUCCUGCUCCUGAAUAUUGGUGUUCCAUUGCUUACUUUGAAAUGGAUGUUCAGGUAGGAGAGACAUUUAAGGUUCCUUCAAGCUGCCCUAUUGUUACUGUUGAUGGAUACGUGGACCCUUCUGGAGGAGAUCGAUUUUGCUUGGGUCAACUCUCCAAUGUCCACAGGACAGAAGCCAUUGAGAGAGCAAGGUUGCACAUAGGCAAAGGUGUGCAGUUGGAAUGUAAAGGUGAAGGUGAUGUUUGGGUCAGGUGCCUUAGCGACCACGCAGUCUUUGUACAGAGUUACUACUUAGACAGAGAAGCCGGGCGUGCACCUGGAGAUGCGGUUCAUAAGAUCUACCCAAGUGCAUAUAUAAAGGUCUUUGAUUUGCGCCAGUGUCAUCGCCAGAUGCAGCAGCAGGCAGCCACUGCUCAAGCUGCAGCCGCUGCCCAGGCCGCAGCCGUGGCCGGAAACAUCCCGGGCCCAGGAUCAGUAGGUGGAAUAGCUCCAGCUAUCAGUUUGUCAGCUGCAGCCGGGAUUGGUGUUGAUGACCUUCGGCGCUUAUGCAUACUCAGGAUGAGUUUUGUGAAAGGUUGGGGGCCAGAUUACCCCAGACAGAGCAUUAAAGAAACCCCGUGCUGGAUUGAGAUUCACUUGCACCGGGCCCUCCAGCUCCUCGACGAAGUGCUUCACACCAUGCCUAUUGCCGACCCGCAGCCUUUAGACUGAGGUCUGUUACUGCUGGGCCCUUUCAGUAUCAGGAUGGUGAACUACACAGUACAGUCCUGUUUGUAAUCUGAAGACAUAUUUCACUUUGGUUCUGCUUUAUCUUUUCAUAAAGGGUUGAAAGAUGUGUUUGCUGCCUUGCUCCUAGCAGACAGAAACUGGAUUAAAACAAUUUUUUUUCCUAUGUAGAACUUUUUUUCAGGCAUGGUUCAGAGCUUGAAGAUCAGGAAAAACACAUUCUUAUAAAAUAUUCACCAGUUAUGAAUGAAGGAAUCAUCCCAAUGCUGGAAAUUUUAGCCCUUUUCAAACAUCUUAGAGUCUUUUAUAUGCAGAACAUCGACACGUGUGUUAUUCUACAGAAUAAAUUCAAUAUUGGUGAUUUUAAAGGCAGAGAAGUUCUCAAAGUUAAUUCACCUAUGUUAUUUUGUGUGCAAGUUGUUACUGUUGAACAUACUUUCCUCCAAAAUAUUGUGCCAUGUGGGUGAGUUAAUUUUACCAAGAGCAACUUGAUUCUCUGUUUUAAGAAUAAGAUAGUAAUGUAUUAUAACCUUUUAUUCAAAAUAUUUUUUGCAAGUUAAACUAGUGAAGAUUUCAAUUCAGAUUGUCUUGCGACCUUGGUUUUAUUUUCGUCAAGACAAAACACUAAUUUCUGUGUAUAGUGAGAUUUCCUUAAAAUGAUCUGACAAAAGUAUCAUUUAAAAUUACAUUUUGUUAUCCCUUUGGAUACUUUGCCCUGUUAAACAUGUAUUCUCUAUUUCUAGGCUUAAGGUUGGUUACUCAGAAGCCUAGAAGAAGAAUUUCUUUCCUUCAUUAAUGCAUAGGGAAAGGUUUUGUAUUUUAGAAACACUAAAAGCAUGCCACUCCACCUAAUAUCUCUCUGCUCUGCAAAAGUGGCAAUGCUUAAACUAAAUAAUGAGCAUUUUGGAAACUGCUAAAUUCCAUGUUAAAUACUGUGCAGAAUAAUGGAACAUUACAGUUCAUAGUAGGUAGUUUAAAUAUUUUUGUACUUGAUUUGAUGUGUGACUUUUUUUUCGUAUACUGUUUAAAUCAUGUAUGUUAUGAUAUUGUUUAAAAUUAAGUUUUUGUAUCUUGGGGCAAGACUGCAAACUUUUUUAUACCUUUUGGUUAUUCUAAGCCCUUUUGCCCAUCUAUGAGCAUAUCAAUUGGCAGUGACUUUGUAUAGAGAAUUUAAGUAGAAAAAUUGCAAAUGUAUUGACUGUACCACAGAUACAAUAUGUAUGCUUUUUACUUAGACAGUAGCCUAAAUAAAACUGAGUCUCAUCAUACAAAGUUGAAUUCUAGGUUUGAUUUUAAGUUUUUUUCUUCUGCACUUUUCUGUCCAACCUCAGUGGCAAGACACCUUCUACUAAAUGGCAGGCAACAGCCAGCACUAUUGGGCAGCUUUCACCGUUCUUUUCUCCCCCCUCGUUCUCUACCAGGACUUCUCCAGGGACAGUAGCUAUCAUGGAGAGUUGGAUUGUUCGUUUGUUUUUUUUUUUAACUUUUAUUUUACUGUAGCAGAAAUAGACCUGGUUAUUUAUACACAGGAUAAGUAGUGUGAGGUAAAGCCAAGAAUUAUCUUACAGAAUUUUUUUUACUUUUUCCUUGAGGGCCUUUGUAAGUAGAUUCACUUACAAAGUGUAUUUACAAAUUUGAGAUACAAGAAACACUUAUGCAUGAUAGUCAUCCUUAUACCAGCUUAACUGAGUAAGUCAUAUACUUCCUUGCUCAGAAGGUCUUAAUUAGCCCAUCAUAGUUUGCUUAUUGCUAAAAUUUAAAAUACGAUCUUGAUCCCAGCUAUCUAUUUUUCUUUCCAAAUUAACUUCCCUACCAACUUACUUGUAUCCUUGAGUACUUGCAAUGCUUUUGUUUAAAAGCCCUAAUUUAGUUUGUAAAAAGUCUGGUGGUUUAAGGGCUUGUUUGGAUCGGUGGGGUGGGUUGUGGGUGGGGGGGGGUUUCACCUGGCAGUGCUCAGGGCUACUUCAACUCAGUGCUUGGGGGUUGCUCCUGGCAGCCCUCGGUGACCAUGUGGUGCCAGGGAUCAGCCCAGCUUCCCACGUGUGGAGCAGAGCAUGUGCUCAGACAUUAAGGUAUCCAGCCUCUGGUGGUUGCAGUUUUAUUGGCGGAUUUUUUUUUUUUUAAAGAUACUCUAUAGAAAUCACUGAUUUUUGGUCCUCUUUAAUGUGAGUGUAGCAGUAGGAGGGUUUUAGAAUAGUAGAUUUAAAAAAUUCAGAUUAUUUUAUUAGAACCGUAAGCAUGCUAGCUAUGAUAUAAGCUGUUCCUUCCUUCUCUGUGUUAAGGAGGAUUUUCAUUUUUAAUCAUCUGGGGAAAGUAUGUGAAAGAUACUUAUGAAGAAGUCUUUGAAGCCAAGCCACCUGUCUUAGUUUCUUUAUGCUAAGAGCCAUAAAGUACUGCAAGUACAGAGAAGUGUACUUCUGGGUACUCAUUGCUUUAGAUUUGUACCGAGAUUCAGUCAUGUGCUUUUGAGAAAAUGGCCAGUGUGUCAUGGUUUCUGAGAGUUUAAAUGAAUCCGUUUCUUAGAGGUAGUCUCAUGUUUGAUGGGUAGGACUAGAGAAUUGCAAAUAAGUUUUAAGUUUUUAUGGCUACUUUAAGGGUAGAAUAGCUUCCCUAGAUGUAAAGACGUGGUUCAGCUCGAUCACAUUUCAGAGACUGAAUAACUUUGAACUUUAGAGUGUGAGAGGAACCAAGUACACACCUUUAGAGCCCAUUCUGAGACCCACUCCCCUCGCCCAGUGCCUUUCAGUGCAUUAUCAAAGGGAAACCUUAAUGGUGUUGCCUUUAUUUUCCAGGGAGUUGGUUCUUUAGUGGGCUGUAGUCUGUCUCUUUAUUAUUAAUAUUAUAUACUACCCUGCUGUACAGAGAAAAUAAUGAUGAUAAAUCACUGCCAUAUCACCUUGUUUUUCCAGAAGCAUGACCCGUUUAUAUCGACCCACCCACUAAGUAGGCCGCCUGUCCCAUUCUUCUCAUGAACAUCACAGAUCUGCAGGUAGGGUAGUCUGGGCUUAAGAAGGACAAUAUUUGAACAUCCAAGUAAGCUGAGCAUAAUUUGCUGAGUUUUCUUUCGAAGUCAGACAUGCACUUUUUGUGUUUUUGGGGGAGUCAGACACGCACUUUUUGUGUUUUUGGGGGAGCUACUUGUAAAGGAAAUUUUGAAAAAAAGGCAAAAUGUCCUUUCUUUGAGAUGACAAAUACCUUUUUCCUUCAAGUUCAUUGCAGCUAUCUUUUUUUGGCCAUGCUCUUCUGGAGAGGAACAUGUCCCAUUUUCCCAUGAUGCUCCUUAACUGUCUGGAGGAUUAAAGCAUAAAAGGUGAAUUAUUUCUAUUAGUUUGAUGGUAAGUGGUUAAUAGUUACUCGCUAUAGUGUAAGGUUGGAUUAGAUCUUUUUGAAAGUAUUUUGUUAAUAGUUUCCUAUUUCCAUUUAAGUCAUUUUACUCUUUCUUUUUUUCACUGUGAGGAAAUGGUGAACGUUGUCUGUCACUGAAGUAAAUGAGUGUAUGAAAGUCAUUACCUAGAGUCAGCUGAUAACUAGCCUUAUCAGAUCACAGUUUAAGGAGAUACUUUUUUUCUUUCUUUGUUUUUUUUUAUUGAAAUUUAUUUAGAAAGAUUGUGAGGGGAGAGAAAGGGAGAAGAAUACAGACUUCUCCAGAAAUAGGCAAGCAAAGAGACAAGCAAGCUAGAUGCAUUUCCAAGGGAGAACAGGCGCUUGAAGAGCAGGCCAGGUUAUCUUAUUUCCUUCCUCCCUCCCUUCUCCCUCCCCCUCUUCCUCCUUCCUUCCUUUUCUCUCUCUCUUCCUCUCUCUCACAGGUAGGUAAUUUCUUUUCUCUCAGCUGUCAGGAAGCGAGUGAAAGCUCGUGGUCCUCUUUCUGUCCUUCAGGUCCAGCCCUGGCCUCACACUAUCCCAGUGCUGUAGGUUGUUGAUCUGACAUCAGUGGAAAGCAGUGUUCCACAUAAAACAAACUUGCCUUAGUUUAGCCAUAAAACAUUUUUAGCUGUUUUUUUGUGUGUGAAGUUACACAACUUUGGGGGGAUACUUAGAUGUCUUUUAGAGUUCAGGAGCUAUUGAGACUGACAACUAUUUUGCCUUUACUAAAUGAUCACGGACUGGUAUUAUUUAAAUUUUUUCUUUUUACUCCCACAGUCUUAUCUUUCUGAUAAUAACUACUUCCUGUGUGUUAGUAUCUCUCCCUUUAGUAUUUGCCAUUUCCUUUUUUAAAUUCAUUCUUUUAUACUGUUUUGGCUAGAAGCCAGAUAACCCAGCUUUAUUAGAAUUGUAUUUAGAACACAAGAGAAACUGGGAUAGAACCCAAGAAACUUUGCUGCAAGGUGUUGUUUUAUAAAGGACAUAAGUACUUUGACUUUUGAAAUUGUCUGAUUCUUCGUCCUGAUUGCUUUCUGGGUUUCAGGGAGUUGGAAGUAAUGAGAAGGGAAGUCAUCACCCGUUUCCUUCUUGGAAAGCUUCUUGAGUUGACUUGUUUCCUCUUGAAUACUGUUCAUCCAGACAGAAUGGGUCCUAGGACUUACUGAGUUAGUACCAUGAGCUGCGGGCAGUGCUGCUGGCCAGCUGACGCCAGCGGCAAGCAGGCAGCCAACAGUAGAAAGGACCUUGGGAAAACAGGAGGGUCGUUUUUGGUUUGCUUUGGGGUCCCAGUUUGAGCCCUCUCUGUGGGUCUUCCUUGUCUACAGGUAUUUUUGACCUAUCGGUGCCUUUAUGAGGAUGGGCGUCUGACAUCCUGCCCCAAGGAGUAACUAAGGUAUUGCUGAUGUUUUCAGGGAUUUUAACAUCAGACUUGAUUGAAUGACGCCUUCCCCCCACCUUCUUUUCCUUUUUUUAAUAUAGGAAGGACUGAGGUGAGAAUUCUGGUGAAGACAAUCAUUUCUCUCUGUGUGGAUAGUUUUUACAUGCUUCAGAUGUUUUCUCAAUAGAUCUCAGAGCCAUUGUUCUUGUUCAGCCGAAAACUCUUGACUUUGGGCUGGAGCCAGACAUUAGCACUCUGGUUUGUCUUCUGCCACUGAUCGAUAUGUGACCUUGGGCAAGUCAUUUACCUUUUCUGGGCCUCAGUUGCCUCAUCUGUAAAAUGAGGGAGUUGGACUCGUUGAGUUUCCAGCUCUGAAGUUCCAAGUGACCUUGCCUACCUUGCAGCAGUGUUUGAUUUCUUCCUUACCUUUGCUGUUUGAGGGGGCUUUUUACUUCAUGUUAUUCACAUGAGACUAGGCUUGAUGCUUGAUGUUUUAUUACUCUUCUCAUAUGGACAAGAUAUUACAUACUAUGUCCUUAAGGCUUAAAUUUACCAAAGGCCUGGCACCAUCUCGGGGGCUGCAAUAAAUACUUAAAAAAAAAAAAAAGGCAAAACUAAACUGAGGGGGUAGCCUACAUUUUGUUUCUCCAUCAUCUCUGUUCAAGGUUUCUUAAGGCUGCUUUUGUGUCAUGACAUAAUAAAAUUCUGUCUUUGGGUUGGUAUGUGCGCGACACCAUUCUCUUAAUGUGUCUUGAUAAUGUCUUUUUCAAUUAAAAUGGAUCGAAAACUUACUGUCACUGGUCAGUGAUAAUAGAAGUCAUUAUUUUGGGUCUUUGAUUUCUUGAAUUUCUUAACACUUCUAUAUUCAAAACAGGAAAGUUCCUCUAAAUUGCUUCAGUUUGAAUGGCUUACAUGACUACAGGAAAAAAACAAAAACAAAAACAGGAGCUGAUUAUUCACUUUAUUCUGGGUUGUUUUUAGGUCCAUUUUGACUAGAAGACUUUUGGCUGGAGCAUUCCUUUUAGGGUUCUCUUCCAGCUUGUCUUUGGUUGAGUAAGAAUGAACUUGGCAGUUGCAGGGACCUUGAGAGACUUUUUAGGGGUCGGUUAAGGGGAAGGGGUCCGGGGAGUCCUGGUAGAGGCCGGCUCUCAGAGCUGGAGAGGGGAGGUGGGGCAGUUGCCCUGGCUGUUUGUCAUUGAUAGAAGGACUCAUGGCUUGGACGGGUCAAAGAUAAACAGGGAGUUGACAAGCUCCACCAAACAUUGGGUUCCCACGGCCAUGUGCCGGAAGGUAUAUGGACUCUUGUAGGUGGUGAAAGCCUAGUGCUGUGCAGAGCCAUUUGAAGGAAGGUAUGUGGGGGCGGGGGCGGGGGGACUGGUUUGGUGACGGUAUUUCUCAAUUCUGUCUCCUCCCUGAAGUCAGAGGGAUGUCACUAUGCCAAAACCCAGUCAAGAGCCACACUUAGCUUUUUUGCUUUUGGAAAAACUGGUCAGCUAAAGCUCCGGUAGUUCCUUUGUGGCUCUCUGUAUAUUUUUGCCUGGUUGAAGUCUGUGGCGAAAAAUAGUUGAACCUUUCCUAAGAACUCUGUAACAAAGUAUGUUUUCGAUUAAAAGAGAAAGCCAAUUAAAUCACGAUGUGCUCAUUCUUUUUCUUAAGCUGUCAGUGUUUGGGAUCUGGAAAGGGUUCCUAACCACUUGAGAAUUCUCAAAAUUGAGGUCAACCUCUUCCUUCAUUGUUUUUUGGCCAUUGACAUGAGAUAUACAAGAUUUCAAAUAUCCUGGAAGAUAAUAUGGAAAUAAAAAGGAAGAAUAGUG